AUGCCCUCCAGUGACCAGGAUAUCGUUCAGUAUAGUCAUACUUUUGACCUGAGCUGUCUCAGAUGGGACAGACAAGCUUGGGUGGAUGAGAUGGCGAGGUAUGACUGAGUGAAGAGAGUGACUCAGUUGAAUUUGGAAGAGAGUCAAUGACAUUCUCUUGAGGAUUUGGAGCAGUACAGAGAUAUCACUCCUCCGUCGGUUAGAGAUACAUCAAGAAGGAAAGAACCAAAGUACCCUCUAAAAUACAAAGGACCUUUUUAUGAAGACUUCUUUAUUGAAUCCAAAGAGUUCGAGCUGAUUAGCGAUGCGAAAACUCUAGUUUACUGUCAGCCUUCAGUCUGCAAGAAUUUAAUCCUAAAAUACCCAGAUGUGAAAGAAUCAGCAAGUAUUAUUAAAGCACUAAAAGGACUUAAAAUGAACUAUUUCUGAUUAGAAAUGCAUUAUGAAAAGAGCACACAUUUGUUCUUACUUAAGCUACUUGAGUCUGGUGUCACAGAUUUGAUUCUCUCAAUCGUGAAGGAAGAUUUGAGUAAAAUCCCUCUUAAAGGAAAGGACCAGAUAAAGACCCUUCUGCUCUCCUCAGAGUCAAUCAAGACUCUCUCAAUCAGAGAAGAAUCAACUACUGAAUGCUUUAAGAAAGUCUCAAAAAUGUUCUCAAAAGAGCAGAAGCUAAAUCUCAAGAAAAGUGUGAUGUUCACGGAAGUCUUUGUUUAAUAAGUUUUACCCAUAAGCUUUCAGUCUAUAAUGUUUCUGUUAAAAUUUGGGGCUAGUCCUCAGUUUAAUAAGCUAGUUUAUAUUUUUAAACAGUAGUUGGUACUUAAGAGUGCUUAAAUAGAUUGAGUCUAUGAGCUUUGCCCAUUUUCUGUAGAUUCUGAAAAUAAUGAGAAAGAUGCUAAAUGUGAUAAAUUCUGGUAAAACAGUACAUGUAAAGGCCAGUAUGAGUUUUGAUUGGUAACUUGGUUAAUUACUUGUUAGAGAGGAGUUCUUGCUGUUGUAAAUACUGUUUAAACCUAAUUUUAUGCUAUUUGGUAAGCUGAUUAGAUAUCAGAUUGUGCACGAAAGUGUAAAUAUGAGAGAAUUUGAUAUUUUCUAAUGCCAUUUUU